CUCAGCUGGGCGCUGACCCCCCUCCUUGUGCCUCUCUUGCAGGAUGCAGGGUGCUGGCAAAGCCCUCCAUGAGCUCCUGGUAUCGGCGCAGCGGCGUAGCUGCCUCACGGCUGGGGUCUACGAGUCUGCUAAGCUGAUGAAUGUGGAUCCAGAUAACGUGGCGUUUUGCGUGCUGGCCAUGGAUGAGGAGGAUGAGGGGGACAUUGCCCUGCAGAUCCACUUCACUCUCAUCCAAGCCUUCUGCUGCGAGAAUGACAUUGACAUCGUGCGGCUUAAUGACACCCCCAAGCUGGCCAAGAUCCUGGGGCCUGGCGAGGAGGCGGGCGAGCCCAGAGACCUCCACUGUAUCCUCAUCAUGAACCCCAAUGGGGAUGCAUGGAAGGAUCCAGCCCUUGAAAAGCUGAACUUGUUUUGUGAGGAAAGCCGGAAGGUCAACGACUGGGUACCCACAAUCACCCUGCCGGAGUGAUGUAUAUCCAGUGCACUAGGAAGGCUGAAACCUUUGUUGUAUUCUUCUCAUGGUGUUGGCUCACCUGGUGUGCAACAAGUUGCUGAUUCUGUGGAUUAGCUUGGUCAAGAGAUCGGAUUGAGUCGCUCAGACUGGCACCAAGCAGGCUCUUGUGAAAAGAAGAGAAAGAGGAUGGCUCGUGCCAGCAGGUUGGCCCCACUAUGCAGUGGGGCUAGUGGAGGGGCUGGCAUACCAUGGAGCUGAAGGAAGUACUGCAAGUUUCCAGGAGCUGAAAAAACUGCAAGUUUCAGGGUCGAGUGGAACUGUUCCAGAAGGCAGGACAGAAGGUUGGGAAUUGGACAAAAAUCACAUGGAAGGACUGGACAAAACAACAUUGUAACUAGGAAUUGUUGGCAAUGUCUAUGAAAUAUUAGGAGGAAAACUUUGAUGGCCUAGUUAGAGACUUGUUACUGUGACAAUACAAAGACUUUUAUGCAGACUGUCUUGUACAGACUGACUUAUCAGGCCUUUUGGCUACUUUGCAAAACUGGUUUAAUUAAUGCAAUAAUCAUUUUUAUUACUACUUAUGCUGCUAUUGAAGCAUUUGUUUUUAUAAUAAACUGUUUUUGACAAAUAACUUCUGGUGUCUUGCUUACCUGGGUAGGGAAAAGCUUUUGGAGAUGACACACAUCCUUUUAUAUAAUGUAUAUUUAGCAGACUUAAAUUUU